GCAGGUUUGGGGCUGCGCCACGCCUGGCGAGUACUUGUUGAGUGCCGCGACUGGAUUUCUUUGAGCAGUAGCUGUAAUCAUGGUAAUGUUGUAACAGUACUGUUGCUUCCAAGUCAAGUGUGAAGGAGCGAGCAUAGCGGCUUUGGAUUUUCUCCAAUGAAUUCAUGAAGUCGAUCGAAGGCAGCCUCGGAGUUCUUUGAACGACAGGAAGAAAAAUGCUGAAACUGUCACUGCUAGUGUUGUCGCUGGGUCUCUAUCGCGUAGGAUGCUGUGUGGCGAUCAAGUUCCCGAUCAUCAUCGUGCCCGACAUCGGCGGCAGCCAGAUUGAGAUUAGGCACACGCGGGACCACCAGCCUUCCCCGGUCUUCUGCCCCAGCAUGCGCAACUGGACACAAGCGUGGCUACGCUCGACACUCAGCAGUCAUAUGUUUGCGCACUGCUUUGCACGCGACAUGUCGUUGGUGUUUGAUGCAAAUACACGCACGUACAAUGAUCAAGAUGGUGUUCAAGUCAGGGUGCCGUACUUCGGAUCUACCGAGUCCAUCGAGUACCUGGAUGACGGCAGCAGCCCCGUCACGCGUGACACCACUAACUACUACCACGCCAUCGUGCAGUACUUUGUCGAUAACGCCGGAUAUGUGCGUGACGAGAGCCUCGUGGCAGCGCCGUACGACUGGCGAAAGUCACCUUGGAGCAUGGAUGGGUACUUUGAAAAGCUGCAAGCCUUAGUGGAGAACAUCACCGCCAAGUACCGCGCACCAGCCAUUGUCAUCUCUCACGGCAUGGGUGCUCCCGUAUUAAAGGCUUUCUUGUUGACCAUGCACAGUGAUUGGAGAGACAAGUACAUCAAGGUCUGGUUCUCUGUGCAGGGUGUGUGGCUGGGCUUGCCCAAGGCACUGCAGGCCAUCGUGUCCGGGCUCAACCUCAUCACACAGGAGCACGAAGCCGACCUCGCGGACAUGGAACGUACCAUGGAGAGUGCUCUGUUUCUAAUGCCCAUGCUGGGGCUGUGGCCCGAGCGUGCCGCCAAGCAGCUGGUCAUCGUGGACAAGGCGAGGAAAUCGUACGGCGUUAGGGACUACGUGGAGAUGAUGAAGGCGCUGAACAUGACCAAUGCUGCAAGCAGACUCGACAGCGUGAUGACCAGGCGCCAGGAGAUGCACGGUGCGCCGGGCGUGCGACUGUACUGCAUGUACGGCACGGGUAUAGACACCACCUGGGCAUACAACUACGAGACGCUGGACGGGUCAGCACCCACGCAAGAGAUCCUCGGCGACGGUGACGGGAUAGUGCCACUGCCAAGCAUGCAGUUCUGUCAGGACUGGGUCGGCAAGCAAUCACAGCCGCUGGUCGUCAAGAAGCUGCCCAAAGUCGAGCACACCGAGGCCAUCCAGAACAAGGACGUCUUCCAGUACAUUCACGCCGAGAUUGACGCUCUGGCGGAGGAACACGCCUGAAGAGAGAAGACAUCCCACCCCGUCAAUAUCCAAGUAAGUUGAGAUGAAGAAGAAACGCCAUGCUUUUCGCUCCACCGGUCUGCACAACCUGUUGGCACUAGCCACAAGCAAGUAGGUGCUAGAGAGGUUGCCAUUCACCUCCAUUGCCUAGGUCUGUGUUCUCCCCUGAUUUACCCAUGCACGUAUGUAUUCAACUUGUAUUGUUUGGGUUUACUCGCUGUAUAUUUGCACGCUCUUCCAGUAGACGCAGGUCAUGUUUUUAGGCUUUCAUCAUGCGUGUUGUUAGUAUCUGCUUCCACUUUUCUCGAAAAUGAAGGUU